CGUUCAGAACACGAUAAUCGGAAACCGGCAUAACCGACGUAAACAUUUAUUCUAAAAAUGGCGUCGCAAUUUUCUUCCUGAAAAUCAAAAAAUUUUCUUCCGCUGCCUUUGCCUACCAAUCUCUCCAUGGUUGGGAAAAUAACUAUUACACCACCAAAUGUAUGUUGCCAACGAUUUGUAACCAUCAUGGGUGGAGGACGGUAUUUAAAAAAUGACAACACUGCAAAGACUAUAAAUAAAUUCAAAAGGAUAUUUUCCAAACAUGUAUCAUUAGUUAUAUUUAUUUUUUUAUUCAUAUUUUUACUUUUCGUAUUGUAUAUUACAAAUCAAAAACCAAGUUAUAAACACACUGAGCAUAUAUAUGAUGGACAUGCUUUACAUAAUGCACAUAACUCGAAAUUUCAUUAUGGAAUUGUUAUUGAUUGUGGAAGCAGUGGUUCAAGAGUUUAUAUAUAUUAUUGGCCACCCCAUUCUGGUGGAAAGGAAGAACUUUUAAAAAUGAAACAAAUGAUAGAUGUUGAUGGUAAUCCAGUCAGACUGAAAAUCAAGCCAGGUAUUUCUUCUUUUGCUGACAAUCCUUUCAAUGCUUCACAUUCAUUGGCUCCACUUCUGAGGUUUGCAGCACAUCAUAUUCCACACAAGAAACAUCAAGAAACUCCUAUAUAUAUUCUUGCUACAGCUGGAAUGAGAAUAUUACCAAAAGUCAAACAAAACGCAAUAUUACAUAAUUUGAAAGUAAAUAUUCCAAAAAUGUCCGAGUUUUAUUUCACAGAGUCGCAGGUAGAAGUUAUAUCUGGAAAACAAGAAGGAAUAUACCUCUGGAUAGCUACAAAUUACGUUUUGGGUAGAUUUGACCACACUCACGACCUGUCAACGACUGCUGCGAAUACUGUUUCUCCUUUUUCACGAAAACAAACUGUCGGAACAAUCGAGAUUGGUGGAGCCUCUCUUCAAAUUGCAUACGAGGUUGCACAAAAUCAAUCUGUACCAGCUGAACUGGGUGCUACUAUUAAUCUUGGUUGCGAUAUGCACGCUACUAUACAUGAGUACAAAAUAUAUGUUACAACAUUUUUGGGGUAUGGUACCGACCUGGCGAGAAAAAGAUAUAUUCAACAUUUAUAUGAUAAAAACAAAGAAAAAAUAAGAUCGCAUGAAUCAAUUAUUGACGUUUGCUUGCCAACAGAUAUGGUGGACGAGCAAGAACACAACAAAACGAAGUUUAAAGUUACUGGCAAUGGUGACUUCAGUCAAUGUCAAAAGGCUUUACAACCGCUUAUAAAUAGUACAAGUCAUUGUCUAAAACCACCUUGUUCAUUUAAUGGAGUACACCAAACCGAGAUAGACUACAGAAAUGCAGAAUUUUAUGGAUUUUCGGAGUUCUGGUAUUCUUCGAAUGAUGUUUUGAGAAUUGGUGGAAAGUAUGAUCAAGAAAAGUUAGAAAAAGCUGCCAAGCAUUUUUGUCGAACAAAAUGGUCGAUGUUGAAACGUCAUUACGCAAUGGGUUUUUAUCCAAAAGCAGACGAUUUUCGAUUCAAAUACCAAUGUUUUAAAUCUGCAUGGAUGACGUCAGUUCUUCAUGAUGGACUCAACUUUCCCAGACAAUUUAAAGGAUUAACCACUGUACAACUCAUUCAUGGAAAGGAAGUGCAAUGGACAUUGGGUGCUAUCCUUUACAGAACCAGAUUUAUGCCGUUAAGAGAUAUGAAGCUGGAAGACAAAAAUACAGUAAAAGCACAGCAAUAUGGUGGCUUAUGGAUUAUCUUUCGUGAAGGUUUUUAUCCCAUCUUAUUUAUAUGUGCCGCGAUAGCUGUUGUGUUUCUUGUUGUAUACUGUCGAAAGAUACGCAAAUUCAGCAGGACGUCAGCAGUUUACAGUGGUUCAAGAAACUUUGACGUCACUGUGUUACCUGUGACCAGUAACGUUCCUUACGAUGUAAGGUACGAGAUGUGAUAAAAACAGUUUUCAAGUUGUCUGCAAUAAAUAGAAUAGCUCUCCGAUUCACAAGAAUAUAAUAUAUAUAAAAAAAUUGAAAGUCUCUUUUUUAAAAA